UAGCUAGCCCUGAUAUGGGGAGUGGAUUGGUGGAAAUUCUGCUCAUGGAAGUGCUCUUGGUAGGGUUUUAUUUGACCUUGAUGGAUGAGAAAAUGGACGGUGAGGUUGGGGUUUUCUGAAGUACGUUCGCUAUGACUCUCGAACGGAUGAAUUUGAUGUCCGAUGCUUGCCUGCAUCUAUUGAUUUUAGUAGCUCAGAGGCCGGAGUUUGAAGUGUGCGGUUGCUGAACCGUUGCGAGAGUUAUAUUCUGAUUUCCAGCAUCUUAGUGGAGGAGGGGAUCUUUUAGAACAAUUCAAAAUGUCUAGAAAAGGGUUGAUGGAGCAGGACCUGAGUAAAUUGGAUGUAACUAAGUUGCAUCCACUUUCUCCUGAAGUUAUAUCACGCCAAGCCACCAUAAACAUAGGCACUAUUGGUCAUGUGGCACACGGCAAGUCAACGGUCGUGAAAGCCAUAUCAGGCGUGCAGACUGUUCGAUUUAAAAAUGAGCUCGAGCGUAAUAUUACGAUCAAACUUGGAUAUGCAAAUGCAAAGAUUUAUAAGUGCGAAGAUGAGAGGUGCCCACGUCCUAUGUGCUACAAGGCUUAUGGAAGUGGAAAGGAGGACACUCCUUUGUGUGAUGUGCCUGGAUUUGAAAACUGUCGCAUGAAGCUGCUGAGACAUGUUUCUUUUGUAGAUUGUCCGGGUCAUGAUAUUCUUAUGGCUACAAUGCUUAAUGGAGCAGCAAUCAUGGACGGAGCAUUACUUCUGAUUGCUGCUAACGAGAGUUGUCCCCAACCCCAAACUUCUGAGCACUUGGCAGCAGUUGAGAUUAUGCGCCUGCAACAUAUCAUUAUCCUGCAAAAUAAAGUCGAUCUCAUUCAGGAAAAUGUGGCCAUCAAUCAGCAUGAAGCAAUUAAAAGCUUUAUUCAGGGUACUGUUGCCGAUGCUGCACCUGUUGUCCCCAUUUCUGCACAGCUUAAAUAUAACAUAGAUGUUGUAUGUGAAUAUAUUGUGAAGAAGAUUCCUAUUCCAGAGAGGAACUUUGUGUCACCACCAAAUAUGAUUGUGAUCCGAUCUUUUGAUGUGAACAAGCCCGGAUAUGAGGUUGAUGAGAUAAGAGGUGGUGUUGCUGGUGGGAGUAUUCUAAGGGGUGUUUUGAAGGUGAAUCAAAUGAUUGAAGUUCGCCCUGGAAUAGUUGUAAAAGACGAGAGCGGGAAUAUCAAAUGUACACCCAUAUAUUCAAGGAUUGUCUCAUUGUAUGCUGAGCAGAAUGAACUUCAAUUUGCAGUGCCUGGAGGUCUCAUUGGGGUUGGCACUACGAUGGACCCCACCUUGACUCGUGCUGAUAGGUUAGUGGGUCAGGUUCUGGGUGAGGUCGGUUCUCUACCUGAGAUUUUCAUUGAGCUGGAGGUGAACUUCUUUCUGCUUCGACGGCUUCUUGGGGUGAGGACAAAGGGCUCGGAGAGGCAAGGCAAGGUCUCGAAGCUGGCCAAGGGAGAGAUCCUGAUGCUUAACAUAGGGUCAAUGUCCACUGGUGCCCGUGUAAUUGCAGUGAGGAACGAUUUGGCUAAGUUACAGCUCACGUCCCCAGUCUGCACCAGCAAGGGGGAGAAGAUCGCCCUCAGCCGUAGGGUUGAGAAGCACUGGCGGCUUAUUGGGUGGGGCCAGAUCCAGGCAGGUCUUACCCUCGAUGUUCCACCGAUCCCAUUUUGAUCGUGAAUCUAUCUGUAAGUGGUAAGUAUUGACAAGUCAAGUAAAAAAGGAGGGUUAAAACAGUUUUUCCUAUUGAGUUUGGGGAAAUGUGGGAAGGCAGAGAGUUGCUGGGAACAGUUUUUGUUAGGUGGAGAAGAAGACAUUUGUUUCGGUUAAUUUUCGUCAUUUUUGGUGUUUGGCCUAUUUUGGAUAUGAGACCAUAAUAAAACAUUACGAUCCAAUUGAGAUGUUAUUCAUUGCCUAGCUAUUCUUCAUUUGAAGUCAAUGUGUACUUGUUAUCAGAAGUUGCA